AUGGCACUAUUUACUAGCACGCGGCAUGCUGGUUCACCCCGGUUCAAGUUGAUUGCACCCCAGUGGAGGGGGCUUUCAAUCACACCGAACAGAUACAAAGGAGUCACCUUGUUGAAUGAUCAGGGUGGGUUUGGGUUCGCGAGAUCGAACCCCAGGCCUGCGAAGCCGAGGUCCACCGGGGUCACUGAGAUCAGAGGCCCGUAUUACUCGGUGGGUAACACGCUCGCACGCCUGGACGGCCUAACUUUAACCAGGAUGGGCGAUCAUGUGGACGGACUGAAGUUUGCCGGAGGGUCGUUCUCUCUAUUCCAUGAGAAGCAACUGCGCGAGCUGAUCGAUUUGGCUCACAGCUAUGGGGUGUAUGUCUCCACGGGCGGCUGGGCCGAGCAUCUCCUCACACAUCCCGACCCCAAUGCGGUCUUUGACCGCUACUUGACCAAAUGCAAGGAUCUUGGGCAUCUCUCGUCCGGUUUCCUAUCUAUUCCGGAAGAUGACUGGCUCCGACUCGUGGACAAAGUUCACAGCUAUAAGUUGGAGGCAAAGCCAGAACUGGGAAUCCAAUUCGGAGCUGGGGGAGAUACCCCCGCCGGUGGACUCGAAGCUCUGGGGACUUCAGAUCCGGGCAAGUUGGUGAAUUUGGGGCAUCGUUUCCUGAACGCUGGGGUGAAACGACUCAUGAUUGAAUCCGAGGGCAUCACGGAGAAUGUCACAUCCUGGCGCACCGAUGUGGUCUCGAAGAUCAUGAAAGAGCUGCCUCCAGAGCAAGUGAUGUUUGAAGCUGCGGACCCCAAAGUCUUCAAUUGGUAUGUCCGGGAGUUUGGGAUGGAUGUCAACCUAUUUGUAGACCACAGCCAGAUAGUGCAGUUGGAGUGUCUGCGAGCCGGGAUUUGGGGCACCGCGGACACCUGGGGGAAGAUUGUGUCGCUGCGUUGA